AUGAUGUCGGCUACGAGCAUUGAUCCACAGACAUCAAAAGGACAAGAUGCAAGCAAAGCUUUUCCUGUGUCUGUGCAAAAUGGUUCCCUUCAUCAAAAGGAUACAAUGCACGACAAUGACUUUGAGCCUUACCUCACUGGCCAGUCCAAUCAGAACAACAGCUAUCAAUCCAUGACUGACCCGUACUUGUCCAGCUACUACGCUCCCUCCAUUGGUUUUCCUUAUCCGCUCAGUGAAGCUCCUUGGUCGACGGGAGGAGACCCACCCAUCCCGUACCUGACCCCCUACGCUCCCCUCAGCAAUGGAGACCACCACUUCAUGCACGACACGGUGUUCGGGCAGGCGGGCGGUCUCAGCAGCAACAUCUACCCGCACAGGUUUAACUUUUUCCCGGAGAAUCCCGCCUUCUCGGCCUGGGGCACCAGCGGAUCUCAGGGCCAGCAGACUCAAAGCUCGGCGUACGGGGGCAGUUACAGUUACCCCCCCAGCUCGCUCGGUGGCACUUUGGUCCCAGAUGGGCAGACCGGCUUUCAUAGUGACACCUUGAGUAAAGCGCCGGGCAUGAACAGUUUGGAGCAGGGCAUGCUGGGGUUGAAAAUCGGAGGGGACGUGGGCAGCGGGUCUGGGGUGAAGGGCGGCGCGUCUGUCAUUGGAGGCGGGAGCGUCACCGCCGUUCCCACCGGCAACGGCGGCACGGCUUUAGGCAUGCCCCCAGCCAAACUCACAUCUUGGGCUGCUAUAGCGAGUAAACCCGCUAAGCAGCUUCAACAGAAAAGUAAAUCGAAGCCUAUCGCGGCCAUAGCCGGGGGAGUUCAACCGCCCCCUCCCCUGAAACACUCCAUGGACAUCGACACGUGGGAGAACAAAGUCCCCGCCACUAAAGUUCUGCCGCCGCUGCCUCCGCACCACCCCCAGUCGCUGCACUCUCACACCAGCCUCAUCCCGCCGCUGCAGCAGUCCAUCCAGUCUGCUCAGUCGCUGGUGCAGCAGAUGACCAUGCCGGGCCCGCCGCAGUCUUACCAAAACCACAACCCACAAGCCACGCGCUGGGUCGCCCCCCGCAAUCGCAACCUCUGCUACGGCGGCGGCAGUUUGGACAGCAGCGGCUCAUCCAACGGCGGCGGGAUGGGCAACGGGGGCGGCAUGCUGGGGGGCCUGCCUCCCGGUGCCGAGCCCGGAGUCGAAUCCCACCCGGUUUUGGAAAAGCUUCGCGCCUCGCACAGUUACAACCCCAAGGAGUUUGACUGGAACCUGAAAAACGGGCGCGUUUUUAUCAUAAAGAGCUAUUCCGAGGACGACAUCCACCGCUCCAUCAAAUACUCCAUCUGCGUCAACGGCAGCGGGCACUUCUGCGGCGUGGCGGAGAUGCGCUCGCCGGUGGACUACGGCACCAGCGCCGGGGUCUGGGCGCAGGACAAAUGGAAGGGGAAGUUUGACGUGAACUGGUUGUUUGUAAAGGACGUGCCGAACAGUCAGCUGCGCCACAUCCGCCUGGAGAACAACGACAACAAGCCGGUGACCAACUCUCGCGACACGCAGGAGGUGCCGCUGGAGAAGGCCAAGCAGGUGCUCAAGAUCAUCGCACAGUACAAGCACACCACCUCCAUCUUCGACGACUUCUCGCACUACGAGAAGAAGCAGGAGGAGGAAGAGGUGGUCAAAAAGAGCUACGAGCCGGCGUCCAUACCAACCAGAUCCAGAAUUGAUCAGGAUCGUCAGAAGUGA